AGAGACGGCUGGUUUGAAGGAACCACGUGAUGAAUCAUACUUCCUCUAACAGUUGGGCCUCUUGUCUUCAGUGAUCAGUGGCACAGAGAUGGCGAGUACAAGAAUCACAAACCUCCGCACUACCGCUAAGCAACCGCCGCUGGUUCAACCUCCACAGCGCAGCACUGUGGCACAGGGGGCCGUUCAGAUCCGCAUUAAGAACUCACAGAGUUCUGGAGACCGCCUCAGUCAGUCCAAGUCCAUGGUCCUGCAGGAGUCCGACCUUCCCCAGAAACCUAUCUCUCGGCAUCGCAGGAACCAGUCUCAGCACAACGUCCUGGUCCCUGGAGGAUCUGAAACUUUAGAACCGCUAGUGCAGUUGAAAGGUGAACACUUGAAUGUGGCAAAGAUCUCAGAGAGCGGUAAGAAGCAGAGGAAGAACUGGACUUUGAUGUGGAGCAUUCUGACCUCAGACCAGCUGCUGUUAUAUAAAGAGAGACAACAAGAAACCAGCCAGCAGAAACCAGGAAGUAAGACAGAUGUUGUUCAGCUGUGUGGAGCUUUUAUCGAGUGGACGACAGAAAAGUCGAGCAGGAAAAAUGUGUUCCAGAUCACAACAAACACAGGAAGUGAGUACCUCCUCCAGACUGACAGUUACUCCACAGCCAGUAAAUGGUACGACGCCAUCAGAAAGACCAUUGACUCUUCAACUAAAGCAGACGGAGGUCUUCCUCUGCGGAGGUCAAACAGUACAGAGUACCUGCCCAGACACAGCUCCCUACCUGGUUAUGGCUCCGCCUCCCCAAACGCCAAGCAGCGCAACCCGGUCCACAGGCGCUCCAUCAACAUGUUUGGCAGCUCCAAGCUGAAACACAGCACAUCCGACAGCGCCGACAAGAAUGGAGUGAAGAACAGACUGAAGAAGUUUAUCAUCAGGCGUCCAUCCAUGAAGACUCUGCAGGAGAAAGGCCUCAUUAAAGAUCGAAUCUUCGGCUGCCAUCUGUUGACUCUGUGUGAGCGUGAAGGAACCACAGUGCCGCAGUUUGUUCGAAUCUGUUUGGAUGCAGUUGACAAGCGAGGUCUUGAGGUGGACGGAAUCUACAGAGUCAGUGGAAAUCUGGCCACCAUCCAGAAACUUCGCUUCAUCGUUGAUCAAGAAGAGGACCUGGAUCUGGACCACAGUCAGUGGGAGGACAUUCACGUUGUCACCGGAGCCCUCAAGAUGUUUUUCCGUGAGCUGCCAGAGCCGCUGUUUCCCUUCAGGUUCUUCCAGCCGUUUGUGGAGGCCAUCAAGAUUAAAGAACCCACACACAAAGUCCAGGCUAUGAAGAAACUGAUCCAGGAGCUGCCCAAACCCAACCAGGACACCAUGAAGCUGCUCUUCAGUCACCUACACAGAGUUCUGGCCUUCUCCAGGAAGAACCUGAUGUCCACUCAGGGCAUUGGCAUUGUGUUUGGCCCAACGCUGAUGUGGCCUGAGCUGGAUGCAGGUAACAUGGCAUUCAACAUGGUCUACCAGAACCAGAUCGUGGAGUUCAUCCUCAUCGAGAGCCGACAAAUCUUCAACCUGGACAGGAAGUGAAGUGUCCUGAGACAGAACCAGUCUACAGUCUUCAGAAAAGGAAGCGUGGGGUUUUGGAUGUGCGAGCAGUGGACCCAGCCAGAUCAGCAGGACCAGCACAUCAACAGCAGGUGCCAUGCUGGCCCAGCUUGGAUUUAAGGCUUUGGACCAAACGGAACAGUCCAAAGGGAACCAGAGACUGUUGUGUCUACAUCUUCACAGAGACCUGCUCCACCAACAUCCUGGCUCCUUAACAGGCGGACUCUGUUUCAUAACACGCCUCAAGAUUCGUUCAGUAGCGUCAACAGUUGAAAUUUUUUUAUAACACAUUGUAAAGAUUGUUAAUAUAAAUGUCCCUAAAACUGCUGACUAUGUGUUAUAAACCAUGGAUAAAUAGCUCA